UUGUUAACGAUGCAAAAACAUCAAACAACAGAAACAGUAACGAAGUUAAAAGAUGGUGAAUCAACAGGAUGGAUAAAAGUUAUAAAAAAGCCAACGUCGAAAACGAACGUAGUGUCACAAGCAAGUAGACUUGUCACUGCUAAUCCGCGAUCAAAUAACCCUAUUGAAUCACAAUCAAAUACUCUCAUUACUGAGUCACAAGCGUGUAAUCUCGCUGAGCCACGAUUGAGUAACCUUGUUGCCGCUGAUCCGCAAACCAGUGCAGAUAAUAAUUUCGAUUCUAAUGGGUUACGAACACGUAACUUUGUUACUAUUAAAUCGCAACAAAGAAUUACUAAAUCAAAACCACGUGUAACCUUAAAGCAAUCUUCUUUAUCCGAGUUUUUCCGGCUGGAAAAUAGAAUU